GCCUUGGAGGCAGGAGCCCCGAGGCACCCAGAGGCAGACAUGCAGACCCUGAGGCAGGAGGCUGCCCGGCCCUACGUCCCCGGAGGGACCCUGGAAGUGGACCUCCCUGCAUCUCUCUACAGCUAUGACUACCUGUCCCAGGAGAGGCCCCGCCGGACGCUGGCCAUCAAGCAGGCAACACGCUGGAAGUACUUGCCCAUGGGACACGAGGCAGCCGGCCCGCUGUGGUACACGGGCCUGACCAAGUCAGACUCCUGAGAAGCCGGGAACAUGCUCCCUCGGGGUCUGGACAGCCUGCACCUCGAGGCUUAUGCCCGCAGGCACGGAUGCCACAGCCCCCCAGAGAUGACGCCUGACCCCCACCCCGCAGCCUAUACCCAGCGUCUCCAGGAGACCGCCUGGUACGACCCCUCAUCCAUCAUCCCCGCGCAGUAGAGGGGCCCCCGCACGCAGUACGGGAGCGUGCUGUGGAAAGACAGACCCCUCCGGGGCGAGGAGUAUGUGAUCCACAGGCACCAAUUCGGGGUCGAGCCGCUGUGGCGAGCGUCUGACUACGUGCCAAAACUGUCAGCGCCCCAGGGCCCACGCUACACCACCCAGAACUACCGGCAGUAGGACCUGGAACCCUGUUGCCCCUCCACCAACCAGCAGGCCCCGCCCGUCUACGCGCCCAGUCGUGCUGCCGGUCGGGGACCCGGCGCCUCUCCCCCAAGGCGUCUGUCCACCUCUGGAGCCGGGGUCUGUGGCCAUCAGGCAGCCAGAUGA